UACUCACCCACAUCUGCUACAUCACAGUGUCGCUGUUAGACAGAUGAGCAGGCUAUGUGACUGACACAAUGAGAGAAUCAAAGAUGUGGCUGAAAAGUAUGAUCGUGGCUGUUCUCCUGCUGUGCGCUGUGGGGCUGCACAGCUCUGAUGGGGUGGCAGGGCAGAAUCAGGCCUGUGUAUCCACUCAAAAGGUGGCGUGUUUUGUGCCGGCUGACUAUCUGAAUGUGUCUGGUGCCGUCAGCGUGGAGGUGUUUGUAGGUAUGGAACUCUUGAUCUCCCUGUAUCACUUACCUGAAUACUGCAGCUGGACCAGAGGAACAGAACCGGUACCAACCACAGUAAAGACAGAACACGGGCAUCGUUUUUUGGUCUUUCAACCUCUUUCUGAGGCGGAUUUAGGGGAAUACACGUUGAGCUGUGAAACCAGCAAUGGCACCAGCUCCUCCAUGAAUGUGUCUCUUCAAGCAGUCACGACACGUCCCACAAAACCAAUGCUGUCUCUGGACCGUGUGGAUACCAUAAAUACUUCUCCUGACUUCACGUGCAUCUCUGAGGGCUACCCAAAGCCUGGCAUAACAUGGUCUGGAAUGGUUGAUGGAAAAGUUGAACCCAAAGACCAAAGAAGUACAGGAAUCAGCGUAUCCAGUAGUAAUUAUUACGACAGAGGAGUUAUGUGCUGUGCUACGAACGCUGAAGGACAAGAGUGCUCCCAACUUCAUGACUAUGACGUAGAGACUGAUGUUAUGAGAAAGGGAGAGGUUUCUAAUGUGACUUUUAGCCCUGGUCAGCCUUUGCUGCUUCGCUGCAGAAUAAAGAAAUAUAACCCACCGACAGCUGUGUGGGAGAUCGGCAACAGAAGCUUGAAUGACAAGGCAUUGAAGUGCUCUUCCACAAUCAAAAAGGAGAUCUGCAUAAAAAAUGACUGCAUUUACAAGAGUUGCUUGACCUACCUGUUCAUCCAAUCUGUCCGUGUGGACCACAGUGGCACAUAUACCUGCAGAAGUCCAUCGAACAAAACUAAGUCUGUCUACGUUAACAUUCAGGCUGAGGGUUUCCUUAUUUCCAAGCUGAAUGAAAGUAAGAUCCUACCAGCUGAGCGUGCCUCAAGCUCCUGUCUGGAAGCCAGCAUCUCUUACUACUCUGUGCUUGAGCAGUGUUUCUGGGAAGCUCCGGAUAAAACCGUGACAAAAUGUUUGAGGGACGAAUGGGUGACGAAACAUAGCACUGUGAAGCACUGUGAUCCACUCAAAUCAGGAGAUUACAAGUUGCACUUGAAGGCUGGAGGACAAAAUGAAACAAAGACUAUAUCAGUGUGUGUUGUAGACCGUCCGGAGUUCAAAUUCAACACAGAUAUCGACAAUGAUGCCUUCACCUUUCUGACUGUGACUCUUGUGCCAGCAAAUUACACCUGGAUGUCUUGUUCUUCAGCCAACGACAGUGAUUGUAACUCAGACUCUUCCUGGAAAAAGAUCCCAUCUACCUUUGGAACAGACUCAAACGCUUCAUGCAACAAGACAAUCAAGAGCUCGCUGAGCCGAAAGCUUGUGGAUGGACACAAUUUAAGGUUUUGUCUGACAAACUCAGUUGGCUCCUGGUGCCAAAUGUACUACCCACCUUCAAUGAAGGCCUCCAGAAGUGCUCCAUAUCAUGAGAGCGACAGCCUGAUGCUGCUGAAAGUAGGCAGUGUGAUUUUACUGGUGGCUUUAGUAAUACUUACUGUGGUGCUAACAUACUUUGUCAGAAAGAAGAAACCCCAGUACCAGUCCCAGCUUCAGAUAAUCCAGACGGUUGGACCCAAUGACAAUGAUUACAUCUACAUAAACUUCAAAGAUUUUGAGUACAACCAGAAGUGGGAGUUUCCUCGAGAGAACCUGGAACUGGGUAAGGAGCUUGGCUCUGGAGCUUUUGGCAUGGUGGUCCAGGCGACGGCUUACGGCAUCAACAAGCCUGGAGUCUCUCAGCAGGUGGCCGUCAAGAUGCUUAAAGAGAAACACCAGACUGUGGAGAAGGAAGCUUUGAUGUCAGAACUGAAGAUGCUGACUCACAUCGGUCACCAUGCCAAUAUUGUUAACCUGCUGGGGGCAUGCACAGACUCAGGACCCACUUAUCUGAUUUUUCAGUACUGCUGUUAUGGAGAUUUACUAAACUACCUAAAGCAAAACCGAGAGCAAUACCACAAGUCUGUGACUGACGCUUUCAACAAGGACCGUUUUCACAGCCUGUACCACAACCUGCAGUCCAGCAAGAGCUCCAGUGAGCUCGACAGCACAGUUGGUAAUUACAUGCCCAUGUACCCUACCACCACCAGAGGGCAGGAGGACAUCGCCCUGCUCACUCUCAACUCCGCUGACAUGGACAACUUUGAAGAUAUCUUUGAACAUCCAGGUGAUCUGACGGAGGACCCUCAGACCCUGACGUUUGACGACCUGCUCAGCUUUGCCUUCCAAGUGGCCAAAGGGAUGGAGUUCCUCUCCUCCAAGAAUUGCAUCCAUCGAGACCUGGCUGCUCGGAAUGUGUUAGUGACAAAGGGCAGACUGGUGAAAAUUGGUGACUUUGGUCUUGCCCGAGACAUUGACAACGACUCCAACUACGUCGUGAGAGGAAAUGUGCGUCUACCAGUGAAGUGGAUGGCCCCAGAGAGCACCUUUCAGGGAAUAUACACCAUGAAGAGUGACGUCUGGGCUUAUGGCAUCCUGCUCUGGGAGAUCUUCUCACUUGGUGUUACUCCGUACCCGGGCAUGAAGGUGGAUCAUACUUUCUACUCAAUGAUCGAAAAAGGGUUCAAGAUGGAGUGUCCAUACUACGCUGACGAGUCUGUGUAUGAGAUGAUGUGUAAGUGUUGGGCUCUGGAUCCCUGCAAUCGACCAUCUUUCUCUAAAGCGGUCUCCUUUAUGUGUGAUCGACUGAUGGACAGAGAAGAAAAGAUAUACCACAACAUGAUUGAGCAGACGUCCACCAUCUACCAGAAUGCCGCAGAUGUUUUGGACAUUUCUGCCUUGACUACACGGGAUAAGAACAACACGCAAUCUGCCAAUGACUACUGUCGAACCCAACCGACCGAAGACAGCAAAGCAGAAAGUCCAGACGCAGAGGCUGCUGAGGAGAAGCUUCUGAAGACGUUUGAUACAGAGUGAUCAACUAUUGCUGAAUGCUUCGUCGCUGAAUUUGAUUAUGACUGUUAUAACUAUUAAUGGCAGUUUAUUUAAAGUUCUUCCCCUGAUUAUUAUCUAAAGAGUUAUUAUAUAUUCUGCAAAACAUAAGGUUUUAAUAAGAUAUUCUGUGAUUUAUAUUCUUAUGAUAAUGUGUUCUGAACCCAAAUACAGCAUUUCAGUUUUUAAUGAUUUUUUUUACUGUGCAGCUAAACAUGAAAAGCAUCUUCGAUUAAAGGAUACUGGAUAUUCUCAGAAAGGCUGAACAUAUGAAAAUGGAAUUAAAUGUUUUUACCAUGUACAUUAUAGAGCUAUAGACUGUUGCAACUUUUUUUUUUAAAGAUUUUUUUUGGCUUUUUGUACCUUUAUUGGAGAGAUGGGACAGUGGAUAGUCAGAAAUCAGAUAGCGCGAGCACUAACCACUGCGCCACCAGCGCCCCGACUGUCGCAACUUUUGAAAUCAUUUUCAAUCAUUUUAUAUCUACAAAUAGAAACAACACUUUUCCCAAAGUGGUUGUUAAACAGUGUCAUAUAAUUGUACUUUUUUUGUUUUCUUCAGUGCGCAGCUCUAAUUUGAAGAUGAAUCCUAAUUUUUGUGCAUGUUGAUAUAAUUUCUCAAAGCUUUUGGCUGUUAUUCAAUAUUUUAAAGGCUUUGAAUCAUGUCUUUGUACACGUUUAAGUUUUAGUGUUUCAAUAAAGAAAACUUUUACAUUGAA